UGACCGUUGGUUCUAUGAUCAGACGGUCAAAAUCGUCCAAGUCCUCGUGCUUAUCAGACCGGUCACUUACCUCACUGUUCCUCUCUCUCUCUCUCUUUCUCUCUCUCAGUGCUACUACUCGCUUCUCUUCUCUCCUCAUUCCAAGGGCUCGGAGCAUCGAGCGGAGUUUCAAUGGCGCAAUCGAUGGCGGAUCGCCGAUCGCCUCGAGCUUGGGCGUAGAAAGAUCGCGCCUUUUUCAUCCGAUCUCUACGACGCCCAAGCAAAUUUCGCCGCGGCGUCCCCGGACGCCUCCGGAGUGGCGAUCGGUCGUCCAGCCAGGGAUUUAGGGUUUCCGAUCGGAAAAUGGUGUAAAUCUUUGUUCCUAUGGCGAAAGAUCCGAUCUUUCUAGCUAAACCAUAGUGGGGUUGGGGUUUUCUAGUCUUGGAGCUGUUUAAGUUGCCAUUUUUCGCUAUCUUUCUGUCCCUUUUUGUUUCGUUUUGGUGAUUUGGAAGUUUAGUUUUAUCUCGUUCUUCUUUUUUGUUAUUGGAACGGUCGCUGAGGACUUCCUGUCGAUGCCUUCGGAGAUGGGGGUUCGGUCCAUGAUCGGGAGCAGAGGGGAAGGAUUUGGUGGGGAGGAGUUGGAGAAGGAGCUGGGGUUGCUCCUCCGAGAGCAGAGGAGACAGGAGGCGAGCGAUCGAGAGCGGGAGCUGAAUCUUUACCGGAGCGGCUCCGCUCCCCCCACCGUCGAGGGAUCGCUCACCGCUGUCGGAGGGCUCUUUGCCAGGGAAGCCGCCGCUGGCGUGCCGGAUUUCGCCCAGGGUAGUAAUGAGAAUGGGCUAUUAUCCGAGGAUGAGCUCCGGACUCAUCCGGCUUACCCCUCCUACUACUACUCUCAUGUUAAUCUGAACCCCCGUCUCCCACCUCCGGUUCUAUCCAAGGAGGACUGGAGGUCCACUCAGAGGCUUAAGGCCGGGAGCUCGGUGCUGGGAGGGAUUGGGGAUAGGAGGAGACCUAACAGGGAAGAGGAGGGGAGUGGCAGCUCGCUCUUCUCGCAGCAGCCUGGCUUCAGUUCACAGGAGGAGUGCAAGGGGGGCCUGAGAAAAGUGCCUAGUGCUGGCGAAUGGCUGAACCGAGAAGGAGACGGGCUGAUUGGGUUGUCGCUUGGCCAACAGAAGAGCUUUGCUGAUAUGCUUCAGGAUGACCUUGGCCAUGGGACUUCCAUGUCAGGCCAUUCAUCUUGCCCAGCAAGUCGCAUAGCACUUAUUGAUGCUGUCGAACCGUUAGGUUCAUCCCUGGCAAGAAGCACCACUCCUGAUCCUCAUGUGGUGGCAAGGGCUCGCAGUCCUUGCCUUCCACCAGUGGGUGUGAGGCUUAGUGCCAAUGAUAAGAAACAUAACAAUGGCUCAUCUUCCUUCAACGGUGUCUCCUCUGGUAUAGCUGAAUCUGAUGAUCUUAUAGCUGCUUUAUCAGGCAUAAGCUUGUCAUCUGCUGCUGCAAUAGACAAUGACAAUAUUUCACAUUUGAAGCUUCAAAGAGGAACGGACAAUCACCAGAGUUAUCUCUUUGAUUCACAAAGUGGCCAAAACCAUAUUAAGCAAUAUACGUUCCUCAAAAGUUCUGAUCCAGAAUAUUUACAUAUAUCCUCUAUUCCACAGUCUUCUAAGUCUUCAUAUGCUGAUUCAGCCAGGAGUUGUGCAGGUCAAAUUGACCUGAGGAAUUCGGUUCCAAGGACAAAUGCAUCUGCCGAACCACAUAGACUCGCCGGUGGUUCACCUUCACAAUCUCAGAAUCUUGAUUGUGUGGAUACAGCAUUUACAAGUUAUGGAUCGAGUGGGUUCUCUGCCAAUCCUGUGCUACCAUCAAUGACUGUAAAUCAUAUUGGCACAGGAAAUUUGCCUUCUUUGUUUGAAAAUGCUGCUGCUGCUGCAUCUGUAUCUCUUGGUACGGACUCCAGAGCCUUAGGAGGUGGGAUAUUUGCACCACCACAUUUAACUAGUCAUGCAGAGUUGCAGAAUCUUGGUCAAAUUGGUAAUCAGACAGCAGCAUCUCUUCAGUCGCCCCUUGCUGACCCGCUUUAUAUUCAAUAUUUGAAGGCAGCUGAGUAUACAGCACAAGUUGCAGCGAGCCGUAACAAUCCUUCUGUGGAAACAGGUUUUGUUGGCAAUUCUUAUAUGGACUUACUUGGAUUGCAGAAAGCUUAUGUAGGGGCAUUGCUUCAACCGCAGAAACAGUAUGGGAUGCCACUUCUGGGUAAAUCUGGAGCUCAAGGUUUCUAUGGAAAUCCUGCUUUUGGCCUUGGCAUGGCAUAUCCAGGAAACCCUUUAGCAAGUCCUAUUGCUUCUCCAGUUGGACCUGGCAGUCCUCUUAGGCACGGUGAGCGCAACAUGCAAUUCCCUUCAGGAUUGAGAAAUUUAACUGGAAGUGUCAUGGGCCCAUGGCAUUGUGAUCCAGCUGGCAACAUGGAUGAAAAUUUUCUGUCCUCACUUUUGAACGAGUUCAAGAGCAACAAGGCUAGAUGUUUUGAGCUUGCUGAAAUUGCUGGCCAUGUGGUUGAGUUCAGUGCGGACCAGUAUGGAAGCCGUUUCAUACAACAGAAACUUGAAACAGCAACAACCGAAGAGAAGAACAUGGUUUUUGAAGAAAUCAUGCCUCAUGCACUUUCAUUGAUGACAGAUGUGUUUGGAAAUUAUGUGGUCCAAAAGUUUUUUGAGCAUGGGAGUGCAGUUCAGAGAAGGGAAUUGGCUAGCCAGCUUAAUGGGCAUGUGUUGGCUCUUAGCCUUCAGAUGUAUGGCUGUCGAGUAAUCCAGAAGGCAAUAGAGGUUGUUGAUUUGGACCAGAAGACAAAAAUGGUUACAGAGCUUGAUGGCCAUAUCAUGCGCUGUGUACGUGAUCAAAAUGGGAACCAUGUUAUUCAAAAAUGUAUUGAGUGUGUCCCACAGGAUGCAAUUCAGUUUAUCAUCUCAACCUUCUAUGAUCAAGUUGUGACUUUAUCAACUCAUCCAUAUGGUUGUCGUGUGAUACAGAGGGUAUUAGAGCACUGUGAUGAUCCUACAACCCAGCAAAUUGUGAUGGAUGAAAUUUUGAGAUCUGUUUGCAUGUUGGCGCAAGACCAGUAUGGCAAUUAUGUUGUCCAGCAUGUAUUGGAGCAUGGAAAACCUCAUGAGCGAUCUGCCAUUAUCAAGAAAUUAGCUGGACAGAUAGUUCAGAUGAGCCAACAGAAAUUUGCUUCAAAUGUCGUUGAGAAGUGCCUGACUUUUGGUGGCCCUGAGGAACGCCAACUCUUGGUAAAUGAGAUGCUUGGUUCCACUGAUGAAAAUGAGCCUCUCCAGGCCAUGAUGAAAGAUCAGUUUGCUAACUAUGUUGUACAGAAAGUAUUGGAGACUUGUGAUGAUCAGCAACGUGAGCUGAUCCUCUCGCGAAUAAAGGUCCAUUUGAAUGCACUGAAGAAAUAUACUUACGGAAAGCAUAUAGUUGCUCGUGUCGAGAAACUUGUUGCAGCUGGAGAGAGGAGAAUUGGACUGCAUUCCCCAUAUUCCUCUUAGAUGGCAUACGAACAGAGUUGUACAGCUAACUGAGGCUAGUGUAAGCUCCCUCUUUUAUCUAUCUAUUUGGUAGGCAGGUACGAGCUAGCUGAAAUAAAAAUGUUGCUUGUACUGGAAUUGUACAUUCUGUAGUUUGAGGUUAUACUUUUUAUGACAAGACUGGGCUCAGAUGGUCAAUAUACCUGAUGCCCCUGAAGAGGAUAUAAAUGCCUGUACAAGUUUUUAAGGGUGUAAAGAGAUGGUAAAGAAAAGGUGCAUAUGUUAGAAUGACUGUACAAAUGUCAUGUUGUGGAGAGCUGUCAGUUGUUUAGGACUUCAGUAGAGAUCUUAAUUCUCUUCGUUUUUUUUUUAUCACUCAUGGGUUUUGUAGUACAUGAUAAACAAUUUUCAAAUGCAGUUUACGUGUUUAUGGACAAGCCUUUGGUUUUAUCAA